UAUUUGUUUGGUGGCUUAAUAAGCACUGAUAAAAGAAUCGAGUACCUUAUCUACGCAGUGUGUAGAGAGUCUAGUUAGCGGUUAUGAACGUUUGUCUCUUUCUUCUGGCACUUUUCAUGUGCCCGUUAGUAUUUUGUGCUAAUUUGUACCCAAAAGUAAAAACAAGCUUCGGAUUAAUAGUAGGAAAGUAUUCAACGUCAUAUUCAGGACGAAGGUACGCCGAAUAUUUGAGUGUACCAUACGCUCAGCCACCUUUGAAUGAUUUGCGUUUUAAGGAGCCACAACCACUAAAACCUUGGCUAGGAGUUUGGCACGCAAAUUUCAGCACAAAGUGUGCCCAACUGAAACAUGACGCAGCAACGGGUGGCAUUUUCAUGGGACAAGAAGAUUGUUUGUAUAUCAGUAUCUUUGUGCCAGAAGUCCAACACAAAAAAGAGCUCGAUGUUAUCUUCAACAUUCAUGGCGGCGGUUUCAGCUUCGGAGGAGGCAAUAAUUACGCAAAUCCCGUUUAUCUGAUGGAUAGGGAUGUUAUUUUUAUUACGGUGAAUUAUCGUUUAGGAGUAUUGGGGUUCAUGAGCACCGAAGAUGAGGUACUGCCGGGUAAUAACGGUAUGAAAGACCAAGUUCAAGCAAUAAAGUGGGUGAAGGAUAAUAUAAGAAGGUUUGGGGGAAAUCCCAACUCAAUUACCUUAAGUGGACUGUCUGCUGGAGGAGCAAGCGUUCAGUUUCACUUUUUGUCACCACUGUCCAAGGGUUUGUUUAAAGGUGGAAUCUCUGGAAGUGGAAACGUGUUAUGCCCCUGGGUGAUGCAAGAGAAUCCCUUGAGGAGAGCCCGGGAAACUGGGGCAGCGGUAGGGUGCAACCAAAAGUCGACCGUGGAGCUAAUAAAAUGCAUGGAACAAAGGUCAGUAGCUCAACUGGUUGAAACGUCGCGUAUUCAUCGUGCUUGGUUGUACAACCCAUUCACUACAUUCGGUCUCGUUGUGGAAAAGUUUGGUAACAACCCUUUUUUACCCGAACACCCCUACGCACUGUUGCGGAGGAACGCAAUCCAAGAUCUGCCUUGGUUAACAUCAACUGUAAGUCACGAAGGUCUUUACCCAGUUGCUGAUUUCUUAACGCAGGAUAAAUAUUUAGAAGAAUUGAAGGAAAAGUGGACGAAAGUGUUGCCGUCCAUUCUUCACUAUGAAGAUACAAUUCCUCGCGAUCGGCUAGAAGCAGUUUCAAUAAAAAUUAGAGAAUUUUAUUUCAAGAACAAACCGGUCAGUAGAGAGAUGUCUCAAGAAUUGAUUAAAAUUGCGAGUGACCGUCUAUUUUUUGUAGAUACGGACAAGUCCAUAAGGUUACAAGCCCGUGCAAACAAAUCUCCAACUUAUUACUACUAUUUUGCAUAUACGGGAGAAAUUACUCACACAUUUACGGAUUUUUGGGCACCCGGCGGCGUUCGGCAUGGUGUCUGCCAUGGAGAUGAUCUUGCUUUUAUAUUCCCUUUUCCCACUAAUCCCUAUAGAAGAAUAGCACCCGGAGAUGAGCACAUGAAAGAGACGCUUCUGAACAUUUGGACAACAUUUGCCAGUACAGGUGUACCCAAAGUGGAUGGUGUGGAAUGGACUCCGAUUUCUUCAAAUGAAGAUGAUCCCAUUAAUUAUUUACACAUUAAAUCUCCUAACGAGAUACAAAUGAAAAGUGUGGAUUCAAUAGGAAAUCGAGCAUUUUGGGAUUCGCUCAACUUUGAAGAAAAUGAGCGACUGUUUGUAAGCAACAGAAGAAAUGAAUUGUAAUAGAUAAUUCAGCUAGUAUUCGGAAGAAUGGAAUAUCCGAUUUUGCCACCUCAUCAUCUAAUAGCACUCUGGUUAUGGUUAUUUGGUAUUUGGAAUUUUUUUCGAGCACCAGACAACACAACGAGGAAAUAAAAAAUCCUAGGAAAAUUCCACUCACUUAUUCUUGUCCAAUAACAUUUCUUUACUAGAAAUUGCUACUUUAAUGGUUUUUAGGAUUUGCAAAAAUCAUUCGUUAUCUAUGCUUGAAAAAGCUUCCUGCAAUUAAAUUGACACUAACUAAUGAGCUUGCGCGAGCUUGUGCCCAAUCAUGUGUAGACAUCUGCCUAAAUUUUUGAUUAACUAUUAUUGUCUUUGGUGUACGAUUUUCUUCAAACUGGUAUAAUCGUGCCU